AUGAUGCGCCGAACGCCGCCGGUCGCGCGUGUGGUCGUGAGUUCUUUCCUUCGUGAGCCAUCAGAGCGGAAGUCAUUUAAGGAGACAUUGGCGGAGUGCGACGCCAAUGGUAUCGACAUGGCGAGUAGCUUAACCUCUGACUUUGCGCUUUUGCAAUCAAAACUAUUCAAAUAUCGUGUUGUUCGCCUAGGUGACGAGCUGCAGUACGUGUGUCGACACCCGCUGGGCAGUUUGCCGUCACUCCCGGCACUUGUAGUACACAUCAUUUUACUCACAACUGUUUUCUUCCUGUUUCGUAACUUGGGUCGGUUUUCCUCCACGGCAUUGGUGAAGCCACCGGUGGCACUCCCUGGCGAAGGAGAUAGUUAA